AUGCACACAAAUGAAAGUAGCCAAAUGACAUCUAAUUUGUCAAGCGCAUCACGAGUAAAGCAUAAAAUUAUAUUUUUGGGAGAUCAACAUGUUGGCAAAACGUGUAUUAUUGAGCGUUUUAUGUACGAUGUUUUUGAUGAAAAAUCGCAUCCAACUGUAGGUGUUGAUUUUUUGGCAAAAACAUUACAUGUAGAUGAUAAAACUAUCAGAUUAUAAUUAUGGGAUACUGCCGGAUAGGAAAGAUUUAGAAGUCUAAUUCCAAGUUAUUUAAGGGAUGCAACAUGUGCGGUUAUUGUUUUUGAUGUUACGAAUAAGGAAAGCUUCAGUAAUACAGAAAGAUGGAUUAAAGAUUAUAAAGAUAAUAGAGGAGCUGAAGCUCCAUGUAUUUUAGUUGCUAACAAAAUUGAUUAAAAAUUAUAAAGAGAAAUUAGUUAAGAAGAUGGUGAAAAAAAAGCAAAAAGUUUUGAAAUGAAUUAUUAUGAAAUUUCAGCAAAAACAGGCGAAAAUGUUGUUAAUAUGUUCAAAUCUAUGGCUUUAUAAUUAAAUCCAUCUGAUAAUAUUGUUUCACCAACUAAAUAAGUAAACACAAAAUAUAAAGCUAAGUGA